GAAAAACUAUAAGUACAUUUUCUAAGGUAAAUACAGUUAUAGAGACUGCAAUUAAAACGACGGGUAGUUUUCAGGUAUUAAUAGCAAUGUAUACAGACUGAAUAUUUCCAAUCAUAAACCAUAUAAUCACCCGACGACUUGUGCAAAAAUGGCUGACAAAGAAGGGAGUAAUUCCCCUGGUCAAAAAGAAGGGGACAAGGAAAACAACGACAGUAAUAAUGAUGAGAACGUUAAUGAGAAAAAUACCGACAGUGAAGGUAAAACUGGUGAUAAAACACAGGACUCACUGGGUGAUAAUCAAAAUGAUAAGACCGCAAAUGAAAGUGAAAAGUCAUCUAAUAAUGACGAAUCAAAAACCGAUGAUGGAGAUACUGAAAGAGACGAUGGAAAUAAGGAAGACGGUGGAAAUAAAAACGAGCCAGAGAAAGAUGUAAGUGAACAGAAAGACGAACAAAAUAAAGGGGAUGAUCGGCAAGAAUCUUUUCUAACAGAUCAGAAACAAGACAAUGAUCCUGAUGAAGACGAAAAUGAUGAUGCAACAGCUACUAAAGGUACCGAUGGAGAGAGCAAUGAUGAAUAUGAUGAACUUCCUCUUGAUGAUGAUGACAAACCACUUGACAGCAACGGAGAAGAUGAUGCUAAUGAAAAUGGUACAAAGAAUGACAAGGACGAAGAAAAGGAUAACGACGAUAGUGACGACAGAACAUCGAAAAGCAAUACCGAAUCCGAUGAAGAAGGCAAUGAAGAUAAAGAAAAUAAGGAAGAUGAAAAUGAGAACGAAAAUGACACCGAUAUGAACAAUGAACGUGAACAAGCUGAUCCUAAAGAUACUAAGGAGGUUAAUAAUACUAGUGAUGAAAGCCCAGAAGAACAGAAGGAAACUUCAGAUACUAGUGGUGAAGCUGUAAAGGAGGAUCAAGAGACAAUAGAAGAUCAAAAAGAACCAAGUAAAGACAGUCAGGAAGCAAUUCAUGAAAAUCAACCUGAAAUACCAGAUAGCCAAGAAUCUCUCAUUGAGGAUCAAGAAGAGGAAGACUCGGGUAGCCAAGAACCACCUGUAGAGGAAGAAAAUAAAGGCGAAGAAGGUGAAGAACAAAAUGAUAUUAACGAGCAAGAAAAGGAGCUCUCAGAUGAUGACUUUGUUUUGAAGCUCAACAAUAACGACAUUCAAGUGAUGAAAGAGACAAAGGAAUGGGAAAACACAUAUGGUGUUGACCUCGAAGCAAUGGAAAAAGACAUUGAACUCCUACUGUUAGGAGAAAUGGACUUGAAUAAUGAGAACUUAACUGAUGAAGAUAAAUCGUUAGUUGAGACACAGAUUAAAGAAAUGAAAUUGUUGACGUUGGAUGAACUUCUUGAAAGAACAAUGUCGCCAGAAUUCUAACAAAUGCAACGUUUAUUCGACUCAUUCAAACUAUGUAUUCAUACAUACACUGUAGACGAUCUUCUUGUUCUGAUAUUGCCUUUUUCAUAAUAUGCAAAGUAAAGAAUCAAGUUAUUUUCAAUAAAUCAAUUAUCAUCAUUA